AGCACUGUACUCUUACGCCUUUUUAGUAUUUUAUGCUUAAGAUCCGACGGCCACACUGUUGUUUGUUUGGGUUUUCGUUAUUAGUGGUUUUUUUAGUUUCAUGAAUUAAUUUAACCAUGUCUAACGACAAAAGGACUGUUUAUGUGGGUGGUCUGGCCGACGAGGUCACAGAGAGACUGCUUAACAACGCUUUCAUACCCUUUGGUGAUAUUGCUGACAUUCAAAUGCCGGCGGACUACGAAUCACAACGCCACCGGGGAUUCGCCUUUAUAGAAUACGAACAGGGCGAGGAUGCGGCUUCUGCAAUAGAUAAUAUGAACGACUCAGAGCUAUGUGGCCGCACAAUCCGCGUGAAUUUGGCCAAGCCGGUGCGCGUUAAAGAGGACAGUUUCAAGCCCGUUUGGGCGGAUGACGACUGGUUGCAGAAGCAUGCAGGCGCCACAUUGCAGCCGGAAGGGGAUCCGGAGGCGGAGAAGGUGGAGACCCCGUCCACGGGGCCGGCAGUAAUCGAAAAGGCGGAGAAACGAAACCCACAGGUAUUCUUUGACGUCCGGAUUGGCGGCAACGAUGCCGGUCGCAUUGUGAUGCUUUUGCGGGCGGAUGUGGUGCCCAAGACAGCGGAGAACUUUCGGCAGUUGUGCACCCACGAACAGGGCUAUGGCUACAAGGGCUGCUCCUUUCACCGCGUGAUUCCAGAGUUCAUGUGCCAAGGCGGCGACUUUACCAAUAAUAAUGGCACUGGCGGUAAGUCCAUCUAUGGCAAAAAGUUCAACGACGAGAACUUCAACCUUAAACACAAUAGUUUCGGCACUCUGUCGAUGGCCAACUCGGGUGCCAAUACAAAUGGCUCGCAGUUCUUCAUAUGCACCACUAAAACCGAUUGGCUGGACAACAAGCAUGUGGUAUUUGGUCAUGUCAUCAGUGGCGCCGAAGUGGUCCGUAAGAUGGAGCGUUGUGGCUCUAAGUCAGGCACUCCCAACCAAAAGAUCGUCAUUUACGCCUGCGGAGAACUCAAAUAAAAUCGCUCUUGUACCUACUUUA